AUACAACGGCUUAAAUUUCUGCUCUCUUUUGAUUCAUGGGUAGAAUGUGGGUUUCAAAUCAGAAGCUUGAUCAACCUAUUGGUGAAGAAUCUAGAAGGUCUAAAAUCAACCAGCCAGAGAAAAUCUCGAGUCUAGUGGUUCUGCAGCUCGCAUUUCAAAGCCUGGGAGUGGUUUAUGGGGAUUUGAGUACAUCUCCCUUGUAUGUUUUCAACAAUACAUUUCCAGAGGGAAUUGAUGAACCAGAAGAUUUGCUUGGAGCUCUGUCACUAAUUAUUUAUUCCCUUACUCUUAUCCCCCUCCUGAAGUACGUUUUUAUUGUUUGUAGAGCAAAUGACAACGGCCAAGGUGGAACAUUUGCUCUUUAUUCAUUACUCUGCCGACAUGUAAAUAUAAAAAGUAUUCCUAAUCAAGAUCAGACUGAUGAGGCACUAACAACAUAUAGUACUUCUUCAUGUUGCAAAGAGUCAAUAGCUGGGAGAACCAAGAAAUGGCUGGAGGGUCAGAGAUACAUGAAGCAAUUACUUAUCAUUCUUGUCAUCAUUGGCUCUUGCAUGGUGAUUGGGGAUGGGAUUCUCACUCCAGCCAUAUCAGUUCUAUCAGCUGUUGGUGGGAUCAAGCUACAGAACCGCAAUAUUAGUGAUGAGGUGGUUGUGAUUGUUGCUGUUAUGAUAUUAGUUGGUUUGUUUAGCAUGCAACAUUAUGGUACAGAUAAAGUCAGUUGGCUAUUUGCCCCAAUUAUAUUUCUUUGGCUUCUCUUAAUUGGAGGCAUUGGCAUAUUCAACAUUUGGAAGUAUGAUGUUGCUGCCCUCAAAGCAUAUUCACCUAUGUACAUGUAUCGUUAUUUCAAAAGGGGAGGAAAACGUGCCUGGACUUCUCUUGGAGGUAUACUGCUUAGCAUAACAGGAACGGAAGCCCUCUUUGCUGAGCUUUCCUAUUUUCGUGUCUCGUCUAUACAGAUUGCUUUCACAGUCAUAGUAUUCCCGUGCCUGCUCCUUGCCUAUACCGGACAAGUUGCCUAUCUCUUGGAAAAUUCAGAACAUGUGGUUGGUGCCUUUUAUCAUUCUAUUCCAGAUAGGACAUAUUGGCCUAUGUUUAUUAUUGCAACAGGAGCGGCUGUAGUUGCAAGCCAGUCUACCAUAACUGCAACAUUUUCCUUGAUCAAGCAAGCUGUUGCACUUGGCUGUUUCCCAAGAGUCAAAGUUGUUCAUACAUCAAAGAAAUUUGGAGGCCAGAUAUACAUUCCAGAUAUUAAUUGGAUUCUUUUGGUUCUUUGCAUUGCUGUCACAGCUGGAUUCAAGAAACAAAGUGAAAUUGGGAAUGCUUUAGGGACAGCGGUAGUGAUGGUGAUGUUGGUAACAACAUUUCUUACUAUUCUAAUCAUGAUAUUAAUAUGGCAUUGGCAUUGGGUGCUUGUCAUGAUCUUUACAGUCUUGUCUAUAAUUGUGGAGGCUGCAUACCUCUUCUCCGUGCUUUUCAAAGUGGAUCAAGGCGGUUGGGUCCCUCUGGUGAUUGCAGCAGCCCUUUUCAUCAUCAUGGGCGCUUGGCAUUAUGGUACAGUCAAACGUUAUCACUUUGAGCUGCAUAGUAUGGUUUCACUGGCAUGGAUUCUUAGCCUCGGCCCCAGUUUAGGUCUGGUUCGGGUCCCUGGUGUCGGACUAGUGUACACUGAACUCGCCAGUGGAGUGCCUCACAUCUUUUCUCAUCUGAUCACAAACCUUCCUGCAAUUCAUUCUGUUGUUAUUUUUGUGUGUCUGAAGUAUCUCCCAGUGUAUACAGUGCCUGAAAGGGAAAGAUUUCACGUGACACGAAUUGGACCCAAAAAUCUUCGUAUGUUCCGUUGUGUGGCUAGAUAUGGUUACAAAGAUUUACACAAGAAAGAUGAUGAUUUUGAGAAGAAUCUCUUUGACAACCUCUUCAAGUUUGUGCGGCUUGAAUACCUGAUGGAAGCUGGUUCAGAAUCAGAUGGAUGUAGUUCAGGUGAUCAGCAGAUUGAGCAUUCAAUGGAUAGCCAUCCUUCAAAUAAUGACUACGCAGUUUCCUCAUGUGUAGACAGUACAAUCUCUUCAGUUGACAGCCUGAGGUCAGCCAGAGAGAAGGGACAGCAGUCAGAGAUUAAUGAAAUAGAGUUUCUGAGCAAGUGUAGGGAAGCUGGAACAGUGCAUAUUCUUGGCAAUACAGCAGUACAUGCAAGAACAGAUUCUAGGCUUUUCAAGAGAAUAACAAUUGAUUACGUAUAUGCUUUUCUUAGAAAGAUAUGUAGGGGAAACAGUGCAAUCUUUCAUGUUCCUCAUGAAAGUUUACUGAAUGUUGGACAGAGAAUAUAUGUCUAGAUUUGGCAAAUGAUCUGUAGAACUCUUCUUUGUGCCUUUAUUAUUAUUAUUAUUGUUGUUGUUGUUAUUGUUAUUGUUAUUGUUAUUGUUAU